AUGGGAUUUUUGGGGAAUGGAACUGUCAUCUGGCUUCUUGUUUUCCGCAUUAGGAGGAAACCAUUCACCACCUACAUCCUUAAUUUGGCUGCGGCUGACUUUGCAUUCCUCCUGAGCCUAGAGUUGUUUGAUUUUAUUCCAGCUUCUAAUUAUGUUCUUGACAGAAUUGCUGAAUGUCUCUUAGACUUCACAUACAACACUGGGCAACUUCUUCUGACAGCCAUCAGCAUUGACAGAUGUGUGUCUAUCCUCUUCCCUAUUUGGUAUCGGUGUGUCCGGCCGACACAUUUGUCCACCACUGUGUGUGCCCUCAUAUGGGUCCUCUCCUGUCUGCUCUGCCUAAUCCUCAACAUUCUUGAAGAAAUUUACGAAUUUCCACAUUGCUUGUCAGGAACAGGCCAAUAUUUCUUGACUGGACUGCUUUGCCUCCCACUUAUGACAAUUUCAACUGUGAUCCUUUUCAUAAAAGUGUGCUUUAAAGCACACCCGCGUAAGCGGGGAAGGCUUUUAAUGGUGAUUUUGGUUACACUCCUCUUCUUCCUCAUGCUUGCUUUCCCACUCAAUGCCAUUUUUUUUGCUAUAUCCUUUGUAGACCCAGAUUCUCCUGUUCGACUCCGUUAUGGAUUCUUGUGUGCCUCGCUCAACAGCAGUGUGAACCCCUUCCUCUAUUUUCUGGUUGGGAGGAAGAAGGGAGGUCAAUCUAGGGAGAGCCUAAUGGUCAUCCUCCAGCGGGUUUUGAAUGAGGAGAAUGACAUACAGGAAACGGAUCCUCCUUGUUCGAACCCACUUAGGAACCUUUCAUAA